AUGGGAAUAAAAAAUCAAGAGUUCUCUAGUUUGAGUAACCCACCGGUUAUUCAACGGAACUUAAGUUCAUUAAGCUCUCACAUUAAUAAAUGGAACACGUCGAGACCUACUUCUCCUCUAAAAAAGGAAGUAAAAUUGACUCGAAAAAUAUCUAAACCUAAAGCAAGACGCAUAUCUAUCAAUGAUGAGCAAGCUAGUUGUAGCAAUAAUAACUCUCCAUUCAAUGAAAGAAAUGAAAACGAUAUGUGGUUUAAUAUUUUUAAACCUAGCACUCUUGAAGACGUUUGUAUACAUAAGAAAAAGGCUAAUGAUAUUAUUACCGCAUUAAAAGGUAUUAUGUCCGGUAAAGAAGAUAUCAGAAUUUUACUUCUAACUGGUCCAAGCGGUUGCUCAAAGAGCACAUUCAUCAAGGAAGCAUCAAAAAUUUUAAUCCCUCAAUACAGAGCCCAUGGCAUUACCAGUUUGUUCAGUGAAGAAUCAGGUGAGCACCUACCAUCAACCUAUAUUGAAUAUUCUAAUGAUGCUGUUCUGAAUGGGAUUUCUUCGAUAGAUAGCUUCUAUGAGUUUCUCAAAGAAUCAAAAUAUCGUGUAGGAUCUAAUUUAUCAAUAAUUCUAGUAGAAGACUUCCCUAAUCUAUUUCAUAUUACAACACGACAAAAUUUUCAAAAAGUUAUAUUAGAAUGGUUGUAUAGUUCAGAAUUGAUACUUCCACCAUUGGUAAUCUGCCUUACUGAGUGUGAGAUCGAAGAUACAGAAAACAAUUUUCGACACAGUUUUGGUAUUGAAACAUCUUGGACAGCUCCAACAGUUCUUGGUAAUGAAAUAUUGAAUCAUCCAAAAUUAAAGCAAAUUAAAUGCAAUCCAAUAAAUAUGACUUUAACGAAAAAACAAUUAAAUUUUUUAUGUAAUGAAAAUAAAACCCUCAUUAUGGCCAAUAAUAAAUGGCAGCAAAAGGAUAUUAUAAUAAAAGAUAUAUCUCAAUCAACUGGUGAUAUACGAUCUGGCAUUGCAGCUCUCCAGUUUUGGGCAACAUCUUCAAGUGAUUUACCCAUUAUUACAAGAAAAAGUCCAGUUUCAUUUUUUCAUGCUGUAGGUAGGAUUAUUCAUGGCUCAAAAAACUUAACAGAUGAUAAUGAGAUGAUUAAUGAAUUAGAUGCUGAAUCUGAAACUCUCAUUUCUAGUUCUACGUUUAAAUUGGGUCUUUUAGAAAAUUAUCCACAUUUCAAUAAGUCAGAUUUUAGUAUAAAGACGGCAUAUGAUGUCUUGGAUGCUCUAAGUGUUGGGGAUUGCAUUAAAGAUGAUGAUAAGGAAUCUUUAAACUACACAUUAAGAAAAAUAAGAUAUUCUAUGAAUAAACAAAAAAUUAAUUCUAAUCAGCAUGGGAAAACUAGUUUUCCAAAAGAAUGGAAAAUCCGACAACUUCAAAAUGAAAUGGCAGUUGAAAGCUCAGAUUUAUUAAAUGUUUCUUUUUUUAAGUAUGGGCAAGUAAGACAAACCAGCGAUAUAUACUUAGAUUAUGCGUACUAUUCACCCUACAUAUGCAAACUACGGCAAUACAAAAAGAAAUCUCUUGAAUAUUACCUUAAUACGCUUCCCAAUAAUUCUCCGAUAAGAUUAGAAACCAUGAGGAAGAAUAAAGAUAACCUCAUCGUAGAUGAUAGCAUUGAUAUAGUUGAACGUCUUGGCAAAGAGAUUAAACCUUUGCACUUAGAUUCUGCAGAAAUCGAAAUUGAUAAUUCAGAUAUAAAUUUAAAACAACAAAGGCCAAUCGAUAUACUACGAAGGAAACGAGAUACUAAAUUACAAGCAUUGCGUAGCAUGUAUGAGAAAAAUUAUAGUCAAGAAUAUGAAGAGAUAAUACCUGAAGAAGAAUCAUAUUUCGAAAAUGAUCCAAUAGUUGAUCCAGAUGAUUCAUCUUCUAACGAAGAUGGUCUCGAUAAUGGAUUUCCUGAAAGUGAUGAUGAAGACGAUGACGCCUUGUACGAGUACUUAUCUCAAAGGAAACCUCAAAAUUCUCAAUCUCAACAGCAGUCCAUUCCUACUCCAUCAAACAACAUAUCAUUCAAUGAAUCAUUAUCGGAUUCAGAUCUUGAAGGUUUAUGA